AUGCCUGGUUUUGCCCUUGGUUGCCGAAACCUUGGUACGGAUUUGUCGUUUGCCGGCAAGGGGGAAGGUUUUGGGGUGGACGAGGGGGAGGGUUUAGGGGUUGGAUACUGCCGCGGGCUUGAGGAGGGUCUGGCGCUAACCGAGGGUUUGGCGCUAACCGAGGGUUUAGGGCUAACCGAAGCUCGGGGACUUAUGGAGGGGGCGGGGCUUCGAGAGGCAACUGCGCUAGCACUGGGCGCCGGAGUUUGCGAGUUUGAGGGGCGUGGACUGGGAGAAGCGCUGGGGUUAGGGGAGCGGCUAGGGUUAGGGGAGGAGUUAGCCGAAACCGAGGGGUGCGGAGAUACGGAAGGGGGAGGUGCUGAUGAAGCGCUAGGGGAAGGGGAAAUGAAAGGCGCAGCUGAUGGAGAGGGAAUGUUAGACGGGGAUGGAACAGGAGAACUUGAAGGGGAUGGUGUCGAAGAAGAAGAAGGAGGGAGCGAGGGGGAGGGGUUUGGAGACGGGGAGACCGGGGGGCUGAAUUUUGGUGACGCAGAGUGUGACGGAAGGGGAGAGCUUGACUGCGCGGGUGAGGACGAAGCAACUGGCGAGGGCGAAUUAGAUGGGAAGGGAGAGUUGAAGGGGGACGGGGUGGCGGAGAUUGAAGGGUAUGGAGAAAGGGAGAUUGCCGGGGAAGUAGAUACCGAGGGGCUUGGAAGAGGUGAGCCUGAGGGAGAUGGAACCGGCAACUGUGACGGAGAGGUUGAGGGAACUGGGGAAGGAGAAGUGGAAGGAUUGGGCGAGUUAGAAGGCGAGGGAACGGGUGAAGACGAAGGAGCUAGGGAAAGCGAGGGGGCGGGAGAACUAGAUGUGGAGGGAAGAGGGGAGUUGGAAGUUGCAGGCGAAGCAGAGGCGAUUGGUGAGGGGGAGUUUGACGGAGGCAGAGAGUUCGAAGGAGCUGGGGAAACCGAGGGCGCGGGAGAACUAGAUGUGGAAGGAAAAGGUGAAGUCGAGGGCGAUGGAAGGGGGGAGUUGGAAGCCGCAGGCGAAGGAGAGGCAAUUGGCGAGGGGGAGUUUGAGGGAGGCACAGAGUUGGAGGGAGACGGGGCUGAAGACGACGACGGAGUAGGGGAGAUCGAGGGCGCCGGAGACGUGAAUGUGGAAGGGAAAGGUGAAUUUGAAGGAGAUGGAAGAGGGGAGUUGGAAGCCGCAGGCGAAGCUGAGGCAAUUGGUGAGGGGGAGUUCGAAGAAGCGGGAGAGCUUGAGGGAGAUGGUUCAGAAGACGACGAAGGAGAUGGAGAGACCGAGGUCGUUGGAGAACUAGAUGCGGAUGGAAGGGGUGAGGGAAGAGGAGAGAAGGACGGUUCGGGUGAAGCGGAGACAGCUGGUGAGAUGGACGGAGUAGCGGAGUUUGAAGGGGAUGGGGAGGCCGAGGGCGCUGGAGAACUAGAUGUGGAGGGCAGGGGCGAAUUCGGGGCAGAGGGAAGAGGAGAGGAGGACGGCUCGAGGGAAGCGAAGAUUGAAGGUGAUUUGGAAAGUGAAGGAUUGGCAGAAUGUGAAGGGGAGGGAGUUGCGGACGAUGACGGAGUUGGUGAAGGCGAAGCAGAGGCGCUAGGGCUGGGGUUUGCGGAGCUCGAGGCUGCUGGUGAGGGGGAGGGAACGAGAGAUGGGGAGGGAAUCGGAGAAGGGGAGGGGUUGGAUGACUUGGAAGGAGAUGGUAUCGGAGAUGCCGAAGCGGCCGGCGAGUUCGAGGGGGCGGGAGAAGUAGAGGCUGACGGUGCGAGUGACGGUGACGGAGACACGAGCCGUGACGGGGAAGGUGACGGAAGAGGUGACUGUGAAGCGGACGGCGCCGGCGAGCCGGACGGUGACGGGGCGGCAGAUUGCGACGGCACCGGUGACUUGGAGGGCGACGGUGUGGGUGACGAGGAGGGAGACGGGGACGGUAACGGUGAUGCCGAGGGGGACGGUAAUGGUGACGGCGAGAGUGACGGUGCGGCGGACGGUGACGGUGAGGGUGACGGAGUGGCUGCGUAG